CAUAUGAUUGGUGACUAGUUUAAAUUCAAAGAAACUUGGCUCUGCUUUAAUCAUAUUUUAACUUAUGCAACUUUGUCGACGUAGAGAUAAAGUGCAUAAAAUUAUGUUAGGCGUAUUAUUUAUUUAAAGGCAUUGUUAAUGGUGCGCUUUGAUCCUAAAAACUGGCCCAUCUCUGAUUUUCGCAACAAAGAUGUCUCGAAAGGAAAGCCCCGGUCCUAACGGCAACAUCAACAACGGUUACAGCCCGAAUCUUUCUGAAGGCGCCGGAGACCCGGGUGAGGUGCCAACUGAAUCUACAUUAUUAGCGCCAAAUCAAAGCUAUUUUGCUGAUGAACGAAUACCGAUACCGGAAGUAUCCCAUUCUGGGUUUAGCUUCAAAAAACUAUGGGCCUUUACUGGCCCCGGGUUUCUGAUGUCCAUAGCUUAUUUAGACCCGGGAAAUAUAGAAAGUGAUCUUCGGAGUGGCAACGUGGCGCAAUAUAAAUUGUUAUGGGUACUUCUGUGGGCAACAUUUUUGGGGUUAUUGAUGCAAAGGUUAUCGGCACGGCUAGGAGUCGUCACUGGUCUUCAUCUGGCCGAAAUGUGCCACAGACAAUAUAAGAAGGUUCCACGAAUAAUUCUGUGGUUGAUGAUUGAAAUUGCCAUAAUUGGGUCUGACAUGCAAGAAGUCAUCGGCACAGCGGUUGCUAUUUAUCUUCUCUCCGCGCAGAAGAUACCAAUUUGGGGUGGAGUUAUUAUAACAAUCAUCGACACUUUUACGUUUUUAUUGUUCGACAAGUACGGAUUGAGAAGGUUGGAAUCGUUUUUCGGGCUCUUAAUUACAAUCAUGGGCGUGACGUUUGGUUUUGAAUACGUCAGAUCUAAACCUAACGCCAUAGGAGUCGUCCAAGGUCUGUUUGUACCGUGGUGCGAAGGUUGCGACACCAGAGCUCUAGUGCAGGCAGUUGGAAUUAUAGGUGCCGUCAUAAUGCCGCAUAACCUGUACUUGCAUUCGGCCCUCGUAAAAUCGCGCGACAUUGACAGGACGAAAAAGGACCAAGUGCGCGACGCUAACCGCUACUUUUUCAUCGAAGCUUGCAUCGCCCUACUUGUCAGUUUCGUCAUUAAUAUAUUCGUCGUGGCCGUCUUUGCUCACGGACUCUUUGAACAAACCAACGCGGAUAUCCACGCAAAAUGUUUAAACCAGCCUUCCAUAAAUGCGUCAGUGUUUCCCGACACUGGCCCCGAGAGUGAAAAAUACGUAGACGCGGACUUGUACAAAGGAGGAAUAUUUUUGGGCUGUACUUACGGCCUCGUAGCGAUGUACGUUUGGGCGCUGGGUAUACUGGCCGCCGGGCAAAGCUCAACCAUGACGGGCACCUACGCGGGUCAAUUCGCGAUGGAAGGUUUCCUGAACCUUCAAUGGUCGCGGUGGAAGCGCGUGCUGCUUACCCGAAGCAUAGCAAUAGUGCCGACGUUUCUUUUAGCCUUUUUUAGUAACAUAGACGAUCUGACCAGCAUGAACGACAUCUUGAACGCGGUCAUGAGUAUGCAAUUACCGUUUGCCACGAUACCUUGCAUAGCUUUCACGAGCAAUCCUCAAAUCAUGGGCGAAUUCGUCAACGAUUCUGCCAACAAGGUCGCGUCGAUCUUGCUCAGUUUUAUCGUUAUAUCGAUCAAUAUUUACUUUGUCGUAUGCACCGUCAACGAGUUCGAUCUUUACUGGCUGCCCUUAACGUUAAUAUCCAUCGUGGCCUUGCUUUAUAUUGUAUUUUGCGUGUACCUCGUACUGCACAUGGCCGUUUCCAUGGGAAACACCCGCGUCUUACAGUACGAUUUGGUGAAAAAGUUGGUCGUCGGGCCGGUCGAAGGCAACACGUUGGUGCAUCCCGCCAGCUAUUCAAGCAUGCAACCGUCUAACUCGAAAUCGGGAAAUUUGGUCUGGGUGGAUUGUUAAGGUCGAAUUGAUUUUGCAUUGGGCACAACGGAGGCUAAAUAAAUCGCGUUUUUCAUUGUUUAGUUCGAGUCGCAAUCGGGAGGGCUACAACUCUGCAAUGGAAAUCGAUAGGUUUUAGUUUAUCAACAAAUCGAACCUUACGAUCUCAUUCGAGUCUCAUGUCGUCACCGUUACUUUUUAUACAAUUUUAUAAAGCUUUACUCAGAUAUAAAAUAAGUUUAACGUUGUAGUCUAAUCCAGUCUUAUCACGCAAGCCAAAGAUUACUAAUUAUGUAGAAGUAGCAAAAACAGUGGGAGUCAGUUUAAGAACUGUACAGGAAAUUUUGGAUAAAAUAAAAUAAUAUUCAUAAUAUAGGAAUACUAAAAAGUAUAAAUGAAGUAAACUGUUUAUCGUUAUGUGCUACUUCGACAUCCAGUAUUCAUUUUAGAUCCCACGAGUCCCUUUUUUAUUUUGUUGCAGUACUAUAUUUAUGCCAAGAGGAAAUACGUAGUUUUUUAAAAUUCUUUGAACUAAAUGCUGAGUUGUCUAAUAGAAAUUUGGUAUCAGUUUUUCUUUUAGCUCUCUUUUAACCGUUUUCCCGUUCAUAUUGUCAUGCCGCUCCUUUUGACACUUUUUAUAGACUACAACAACAUUAUAGUUAAACAAAAUGAAAGAAAAACCAAAGUGUGAAAGUUGAUAAAUCCUAAAACCCGCUAAUAUAAGACCGGUUUGGACUAUAUUUAUUCACAAAACAAAGUGACGUAAAUUUCUUAUCCAGAUAGUUGCGACAGCCUGAAAGCGCGUUGGGUUUGAUAGUAGAAUAUUUGCCCAUGUGAUAUUGUACACCAUAGAUUUUUAUAUGUUUGUUGCUAGAAAUAAGGUAAUUUUUCAAUAAAACAACUAAAAUUA